CACGGCAAACUUCUGCGUAUCUUCAUUGGCAAGAAGAAUGUCGAUCGAUCUUUGGAGGCUUUGGUUGAGUUCGAAUCAGUUGAUGAGGCAAAAAAAGCGAAAGAACACUUGGACGGUGCAGACAUAUACUCAGGCUGUUGCAGCCUUACUGUGUCCUUCUCCAAGCUGCAGAAAGUCCAUGUAACUAAGAACGAUACAGAAUCAUGGGAUUUUACAGGUGCCACUGCAAAUCUUGAAGGCCCAUUGGGUAGUGUACCUGGCCAGCGAACGUUGUUGGGCCCGGUUGCCCCGCCUGUUGUGGUGCAACCAGCAUUACCAGUACCCAAUCCUGUUCUCGCGCCUCCUGUCCCUCCACCGGCUCCUGUCCCCGCCUACGCUCCGGCUGUUCCCAUCCCACCGAUGAUGCCUUAUCCGAUGCAACAACCGUCGCCUUACUGUCAGAUGCCGUCUUAUGCUCCUCCUCCGCCCAUGUAUCCCAUUCCCCCGGGUCAUCCGUACAGCACUCCUGCCCAGUAUCCCGCAUAUUACGCUACAACGACUGCAACCACUCCUUCUUUACCAGUUGUGCGCUCUACGACGCAAAAUUACACUCAAAAACCGACGCAAGUCUCUAUCCUUCCCACACCACCCCCGGUCCAUCAAGUAACGCCUGGAGGUAUCGGCGUUGGUCAUGCUACAUCUAACCUGAACGCCAGCUCUGUGACAGCCCGCCAGUCUGACUUAUCUCUUUUCGAGUCUGUGGAAGGUGUCGUUCUAAUGGCGUGCAAUCUACCACCAACGUUGAACUGCGACCACUUGUUCAACCUCAUCUGUCUCUAUGGAAAUGUCGCUCGCAUCAAAUUUUUGAAGACCCGCCGUGGCUGCGCAAUGAUCCAGGUUGGUAACGCUGAGACCGCCGACUUCAUCCAUCGUUAUUACAACGGUGUUUCUAUUUUCGGCCACGUCAUUCAAUUCUACCAUAGCAAACAAAGGGAGCUCACAGAGCAUGAAAAUCUCGGGACUCUUGAUGAUGGGUCUCCGGUCAUGAAAAAUUAUAUGAUGGAUCCGAAUAAUCGCUUCCGAAAUGCAGUUGUCGCUGCGAAAAGUCGUAUACUGGAGCCGUCUCGUACAUUGCACUUCUUCAACGCUCCCCUCAACUUUUCCCCCGAGGACAUAUGUCGAGUGUUCAGUGAAUCUGGCUCAUCUUGUCCACCGCGCGUGGUUCUGUUCAAUGCUAAACCUGGCCAAAAAACAUCUCUCGAUGGAAUACGAUGAAUCAGCGGAAAACCCGGUCAUUGAUCGUUUUGCGCCGCUUAUCGCACUUGAGGUUCUCGGUCGCCCCUUCGUCACUGAUUGUUUCUGUGCUGGCCUUCGGGUGGCCCUUUGGUCAACAUCCUGAUCAAGCCAAGCUGACGGAUGAGACGACGAGGCAGCUGUUUGCUGAAGCGUUACGGUCGUUGCGUGCGCAGGAUUUUCCUCAAGCGGAUCGGCUUUUUCACAGUGUGUUGCAGCACCUAUACACGUCUCACCAAAGUGGCAUCAUCACCGAGUCUGACUAUGUGGAGCAGCGAGCAAGAGUGUACUCGGAGAUGGCGAACGUCAAUUUGGCAAUGGGCAGGCACGCCGAGGCCGAACGUUUAAUCAAGCAGACUAUUCAAGAUGUCACGGCUCGUGGGAUUCCGUUGGAUAGUUCAAUGGUUGUUGAAUUGUCUCUCAAGCUGGCAAUCAUCUAUCAGCACCUGGAAAUGCCGAAGGAGGCUUCUGUGGGCUUUAACUACUGCAUAAACACUCAGGAGGACAAACUUCGGCGACCGCUGGAUCCGAGACAGAAGUUCGAGGAGCUGGCCUUGUUAGGCAUGUCCCACAACUACUUCGCCAAAUUUCUUUUUCACGUUGGACGUUCCGAUGUUGCUCUACGGCACGCCAAACGCGCAUUGGAGAUGGCUCACCAAAUUUAUGCCCCGACUCAUCCGAAUUGUCUCAACCUGCAUUGUGAUAUCGCCGUCAUUUUGCUCAAUCUUGGACGAGUAGAUGAAGCUCGGGCGUACUUGACCAGGGCACAGGAAUUAGCCGAGGAACAAUUCGCCGAACAAUCAAUACCGAACCGGGAUGAGAUUCGCACAUGUUUGGUUCACAUUCUCUUGCAACGGAUCGAUCUGGAAGCUAUGCAUGAUAACUCUUCAUCCUAUGCAGGGAAUCUGAUCCGAAGGGUUGAAGGCAUGCUGCAAACAUUUGACGUUCCUCUCGAUCUACGAGAUCAGUACGAACGACUCCGUGUGAAAGUUGACGUGGAAUCCUAAUUGUUCGGUCUACUUCUGUCCAGGUGCCACUUGUAUAUUCAGCCAACCGUCAGAUUCGUCUCCGGACCUGUUAAUAUGCACACUUGCAUGCAAAUUGUGCCUUUGCAAAAUUGAAGCUCCAUUGGAAGAAGUGUUGCGCUUGCUAAAUCUCCUCACACUUGUACAAUUAUUACUCACUGUCUGAUGGAGUAAAUGUCUAUUUUU